AUGGCAACUGGGCGCGACAGCACGACCGCCCUUGGCGCAACAGACAGCAUGUCUGCUUUCUAUGCUGAGAUCUCCUCCAUCCAAGAUGACCUCCGGACCUUCAACGACAACGUCGCGCGCAUCGGCGAACUCCACUCCCGCUCGUUGGACAACACUGACGACGCUGCAGCGCAGCGCGUCGCCCAGCAGCUCGACGAACUCGUUCAGGACACAAGCGCGCUUAGCACAACCCUUAAGCGACGGGUAAAGGCUCUCGAGCGCUCACCUGGUGCAGGGCGGGAUGGUCAGAUCCGCAGGCAACAAACAGGCUUGGUCAAGCAGAAGUUCGUUGAGGCGAUCCAGAGCUACCAGAGCGUCGAGCAGCAGUUCCGUUCAAAGUAUAAGCAGCGGAUGGAGCGCCAGUUCAAGAUCGUCAAGCCGGAUGCCUCACCAGAGGAGGUCCGGGCUGUUGUCAAUGAUGACCAGGGUGGCCAAAUCUUCAGUCAAGCUCUUAUGAACUCGAACCGCUACGGCCAAGCACAAUCCGCGUACCGUGAAGUGCAGGAACGGCACGAGGAUAUCCGGCGUAUCGAGAAGACUCUGACUGAGCUCGCCCAGCUGUUCAACGAUAUGAGUGUCCUCGUUGAGCAACAAGAGGAACAAAUCAACGUCAUUGAGACGACAGCAGCCUCCGUUGAGAAAGACACGGAGCUAGGACUGAACUACACGGAGAAAGCUGUCGUGUCUGCGCGUGCAGCACGCAAGAAGCGAUGGAUCUGCUUCGGGCUUCUCCUUAUCAUCCUCAUAAUCGUUGCCAUCAUCAUCGUCGUUGAAGUUCUCAAGAACCAGAACACAAAGAAGACAAGGACGGUUUCCCCGAUGUAG